AGUCUCGCUCAAUUUCUCGCUUUGUGACGUCACUCCGCUUUUGAAAUAAGCAAUGCUUUUUAACUCUGGAUAAAGACAAAAAGAUCUAUCAAUCCCUGGGUGGAGUUUUGCUUUUUUCUCCACCCUUCCAGCCCUGUUCUUCAUCUCCCCUCCUGCUCCUGCUCCUCCUCCUCUUCCAGCAACAGCGGCGGGCAACUAUUUGCCCGGGACACAUACGUGAGCCUCCUCAAAUUGGUGCGCUAAUCCUAAAAGGAGGCAUGAAGUGUUAAAUGGCAGAAAGAGGCAGAGCGGCACUCAGACUCACACACGCCGGGAGAGAGGCUGGGAACACCGCUGCUGCUCCACUGCGUCACACCGAAGGGGAACACAUAAAAAAAAAACACCCAAACUUCUCUCCCGAAGCAAAGCAACGCCGCGCAAUUAGUGCGAGCAGCCUCACUGUACUUCUCGUCUUUAUUUUUUUUUAUUUUUUUUAUUUCCUCCGCUUCAAAUAAAUAAAGAAAUCAAGGUGGCUCAGUGCGUGUCUCAACAGCCCACUUUGACAGGUGCUCCUCACCCCCUUUGGAGGACUGUCAACAGCAAGAGGAUGGCAUCAGAGCUGGCAAUGAGCAACUCCGACCUGCCCACCAGUCCCCUGGCCAUGGAAUAUGUUAAUGACUUCGAUCUGAUGAAGUUUGAAGUGAAAAAGGAGCCGCUGGAGCCCGAUCGCAGCAUCAGCCAGUGCAGCCGCCUGGUCGCCGGGGGAUCCCUGUCUUCCACCCCGAUGAGCACGCCCUGCAGCUCGGUUCCCCCCUCUCCAAGCUUCUCGGCGCCCAGUCCGGGAUCAGGGAGCGAGCAGAAGGCGCACUUGGAGGAUUUCUACUGGAUGACCGGCUACCAACAGCAGCUCAACCCUGAGGCUCUGGGCUUCAGCCCGGAGGACGCCGUAGAGGCGCUCAUCAGUAGCAGCCACCCGCUCCAGAGCUUCGACGGCUAUGCCAGGGGGCAGCAGUUCGCUGGGGGGGCGGCACCGGCGGGCGCCAUGGCCGGGGAGGAGAUGGGCUCGGCGGCUGCCGUGGUGUCGGCGGUCAUCGCUGCAGCCGCGGCGCAAACUGGCGCGCCCCACCACCACCAUCACCACCACCACCACGCGGGGGCACACCACCCGACCUCCGGGUCCCAGUCCGGCGGCGGAGGAGGAGGAGGCGGCGGCGGCGCAGGGGGUAACCACCAUCAUCACCACCACCACCCGCACCUUCGCUUGGACGAUCGCUUCUCGGACGAGCAGCUGGUGACCAUGUCGGUGCGGGAGCUCAACCGGCAGCUGCGCGGGGUCAGCAAGGAGGAGGUGAUCCGCCUCAAGCAGAAGAGGAGGACGCUAAAGAACCGCGGCUAUGCCCAGUCGUGCCGCUACAAGCGGGUGCAGCAGCGGCACGUCCUGGAGGGCGAGAAGACGCAGCUCAUCCAGCAGGUGGACCACCUCAAGCAGGAGAUCUCCCGGCUGGCCAGGGAGAGGGACGCCUACAAGGAGAAGUACGAGAAGCUCAUCACCACCGGCUUCAGAGAAAACGGGGGCUCCGGCAGCGAUCACAACCCUUCGUCCCCGGAGUUUUUCAUAGCCACCCAUACACCCCAUUUUACCCUGUGAAGACAUCCAAACUAAUCUGGACAGAUUUUAAUCAUUUCUGUAAAGAAAAAAAUACCCGCGACUGUGAAGCCAUGCAUGCUGGUCAUGUUUCAUUUCUCUCUUUUUAUUUGUGUUUUAACCGCAUUGAUCAGCUUCAUCGCCCUUUAUGGAAUCUGGACGAUAUCCACGCGUCACCUGGACCCUGACACACUUUUUCGCGUCCUAUUUGGAGCACACUCAGGUCGGGAUGACACUGAGAUAAAUCAACUGUCCAGGAUUCGCCGACUGUUUUAAUUUAUCAUGACUAAACAAAGUAAAGUAGAUCAACAAGCGGGCUAACGUGUUGCAAAAAUAAGCUUUUAGUGUUUUGUUCUUUUUGAGGAAUUACGCAGAAGUUUACGGGUAGCCUAUAUUCGCUAAACAAACUGGAAAAUCCAUUAUGUUGUCAGUGUUAUGCAUCGGUCAAUGUGAUGUCCUUUUUGUGGUGUCGGUGAAGAAGCGACAACGCUUUAAAAUGGACUCGAAUAAACACACCAUUCAGUUAUUGAAUGGGAAAAAAA